ACAGGAAUUUUUGAUCCUUUUUUGUUUUAAUGCUUGUUGCACUUUUUAAAUUUGAAGACACGUGUCUGUGGUUGUGUUCUAGUUUUUGCGGCAGAAUCUUGAGUGGGAAUUUAUUUGACACAACACACAGGAUUUCCACCCCAACCUAGACUUUGUCCAGUAAACACAGUCACAUUUGUUUGCAUUUCACCUUUAAGCAUGUUGCCAUAUUAUGAAGGAGUAAUAGUUAGAGGUUACAGUUAUUGUUGGUUGGUUAGGAAUCCUAUUUUUGUAUAUGUGAACUUUUUUUUUUCAUAAAUGUUGGAGAUAAUAGUCUUUAAAUCUUUUCCAUGCCACAAUGUACUGCUUAGUGAUAUGACAAUCAUAUUAUGUGUACACUUAGUGCAGUCUGGCAAUUCCAUAAAACAGGUUAUGAAAGGUAGUAUAGAUAUUGUUUAGAAUAUUAAAAUGGAUCUAGUAUAGUAUGAAAUAGGCAACACCAGGUUAUUUGUGGCCCUGUAAUUCCUGGCAUGUUCCAGGACCUUUGGCCCCUGCACUGAUAUGUGACCUGUGAUGACAUUUCUAUACUCAUGCAGACAAUCAGCACUAAAACAAACAACCAGUAGACAAAAUGCUGUUUAUUUCUAUUUAUUCAGUUGUAUUUAUAAUGAAAGAAACUUUAGAUUCUUAUAGCAGCUCUGACAACAUUGACUCAGUAAGCUGUAAAUUGAAUAUAUGCUCUUACAGGUAGGUUGUCACAUUUUUGACACGGUUUUGUGGAAACUGGUAUUUAUGCCUUCACAUUUUAGUUGUUUUUGUAAGGUGAGAUAUGUAACAGUGAAAAUUGGGUAAUUUUCGGGUUUUGAUAUUUUUUUUCUAAAAUAUUUUGUAUUUUGUUCACUUGUAGCCUGAAGUUAGAAGGCGUAUCCGUGUAUUUUGUGAAUGAAAAUAACCGAAAUAAACAAGCUGUAGCCUGGUAACCGUACUGUGGCGCACUUGCACUGAUAUUCAUGUAGCGGGAAGUCGGACAGGGAUUCCUGGGAUGUCUCCGAGCAACAGGAAUCUGACGCAGCCCUCUCCGCCCCUCCUCCGGUAGCGGUGCUCAGAAACAAGCGGACCGUGGAGCAGUAGAGCGGACAGUGUGAGAGAAGGAGCGGGCUGGUAGCGAUUCCCUUCGCUGAUGCGGCUGACUAGUUGGAGCUCUGCUGGGAAAUUCUUACAAGGUACCUGGAGAUGGUUGUCAGCGGUACUGUCGGCAAAUGUUUUCACACCUCGCCUCUGCAGCUGUAAAGGCUGUCUGCCACCAGAGCACCAGUGGAUCUUUUGAUGAUCAACGUUCCUGGCAAAUAGCAGAGAAAGUAGAAGCAGGAAGGACAAAAAGGCACAGCUAUGAUUUAUGAUGGAUGCACCCUCACCACCUCAAAUCAUAGUGGACAGGGUUGGUGUCCCGGUAGAAACAGACACUAAGGAAGAUGUGCCCACAGAUGACCAUCUCAUGAACUUGAAGGCCUUGGCAGAGAAAUUAAGAUUGGAGACCAGGAGACCUUCUUAUCUGGAAUGGAAAGCCCGAUUGGAGGCAGAAAGCUUCAGAGAGUCAGGAACUGGAAACAGCCCAAUCCAAGUGGAGUCUGAAAGGAAACUAGUUCCACCCAAAGACACUGUAGUGAGCUCUGAAAUUAUUCCAUGCAAGUUGUCGUCAGGUGUACUGAAGGGAUUUGGAAACAUUGAUGAAGCUCUCAGCUGGCUCAGGCGAGAACUGACGGACAUGCGCUUGCAGGACCAACAGCUGGCAAGGCAGCUCAUGCGGCUCCGGAGCGACAUCCACAAACUGAAGGUUGAGCAGACGUGUCACCUGCAUCGCUGGAUGCUCAUUGACGCCACAUUCGGCCUUGAGGAGCGGGACGAGCUGUCCGACCUGCUGUGUGAAUGCCCGGUGACCCCAGGCCUUGGCCUCUCGGCCCCACUGAGACUCAUUGGCGUCACCAAGAUGAACAUUAACUCUCGCCGUUUCUCGCUCUGCUAGUGGCUGUGACCACACUUCAGGCAAACUUGUCUAAUACUGUCUUUGCUCCAGUGCAACAAACCAAUAUAACUAUAUUAUUUAGCAAUAGUUUUACUUAAGGACAUACUCAUGUAAUGUUUUUGCCACUAAACAACAAAUAGCAGCUACUUUAUAUACAUCAACCUCUCUGUAGACCUUUAGGCCAUCAUGAUUUGAAGCAGAAUACUUGCACUUUUAAACUUAAAGAGUCUCAAGCUUAUUCCUGUCCACUUAUGAAGCCUUAUUACUUAUUUUGUUUACAGUUACUGUGUUUUUCCAUAUACUGCUGGGAUUUGUGUGGUUACAAAAUUAAUCAAGCAUGGGUGAACUACAGUAUUAUUUCUGCAUACAGCCCUCUGGAUUGGCAGUGGUAGUCAGGAAUAGUUUCUAUGUCCUGGAUCUGCAUCUAAAUGCUUUGUGCUUUUAAGCCAUGUGUUAAUAUUGAUACAAGUUUUAUAAUGCAUAUUUGAUUUAGCAAGUAGUAUUUUAGUGAGCAUAGUUUUUUUGUAGAAUAAGAUGGAUUACAACUGCAAAGAAGCUAAAAAAAACAGUAGUUCACCACUAAAUAUUACUCCUUUAACAUACAAGUAGUCACAUGGUCCAUUGUUUAUAUUGUAAAUGCUGAUUAAAGCAGCUUUAAAGUUCACUAAUGGAGUAAAACAUGUGACGCUCACCCAAAGAUAAAAAAUGUAUCACAAAUCUUUUUCUUCAGUCUCUAAUAAAUCCAUUUGGAGUCACCUAUCCAGUAUAUCUAGUGACACUAUUCUAAGAUUUCCUGAAGACUAAAAUCUUUAAUUGCAGACUACAGUGAUCAUUACACAGAACCCCACCCCCCAAUUCUUCCUUAUGAGGUACAGUCAUGCAAGGUGAUAAAAUCACUACACUACAGGGGCUCCAGUCAUUGUUGUAAAGAUAAUUGGCAAACUCUUUAUGAAAUAGCAUGGGAUCUUUUAAUGACUUAAUUAAACCAACUGAUCUAUUGAUCUAUUUAAUAAUUACAUGCUUCAAAAAUGAGGUACUUUAAUGAGCCAUUCCAUUUGGUCUAAAAUUGGAUUAAGAUGAGAAUUUACAGGAGGCCACUUAGGCCUCCUCCCAGUAGUGUGAAUAGGCUGACAGUUCAGUUACACCAACAGCAUGCCAGAAAUGAGACAAAAAUCUUUAUCUACUCAGUGAGACCAUAGGCUUCUUGUGUAUCUCUCCUUUUGUUUGAGGUAGACAGUGUCUCAAGCCAAAGCGGCUAUUUGAGCGCAGGUGUAGCGUUCCAGUCGGUGCACACACUCCUGUAGCUCUGCUCCAGUCCCACAGCAAACAUGAGAUAACCCACACAAAGGAGAAACUUCAUUUGACUGCAGUCUGUUUUGUUCAUUUCAACUUACCCUAAAGGUAAGGAGAUUCGUUUAAAGCCUUGUGACUGGUUUCACAUGAUGGAAUCUGCUCAACUCAAGCCGUCUUGCCAAUUUCUCAUUCCUUAGACUCACGGGACUAAUCCUCAACUUUGAGGCUUAUUUAGUAACAUCCAGCAUGGCUGCUUUGGUGAAACCCAGACUGAAGUUCCUCAGCAGCUUAAGUGCAGUCAAGCAAAUGAUCAGUCAAAGAGGAUCAUAAUCAGAUUACAAAACCCCCAUGCCUUCUGUCAGUCCUGCUGUACAAAAGUCAAAUUAAAUGAGAAUGUUAGUC